AGCAGAAACAAAACAUCAAAGACGAUAGACGGCAUACGAUGUGCGCACAAUGGAAUCUAUUAGGACAACCGUCGUUACUCAAGAAAACCCACGCGUUUGUGAAAGCGGCCUAAGAGAGUUUUCCACAACUCACUAACACCGAUUCGCUGCUCGUGGCUACGCGAGUUUUCACGCACACACGCCUGCGUAGUGAAGUAAGCGGCUGAAACUAGGCGAGAGAUCGCGAGAGAGAGCGACAUCUCGCUUGCGCCCAGCCUCCCGUCCUAUUUCAACAGGUUUCGCCUUUCAGCAGUUGCAGCGAGAAACGCGUGCCUCUGCCUCUAGUAACACAGCACAAACAGUAAGAGGAACACACGUCGCGUUCGGAAACUGAAAACACAGUUUCACUGACUGCGCGGACAAUACCUGACAUUCACCGCCGUCCUCCGACUUACGGUUGUUUAUCGCAUAUUAGUAAGAUGGGCUGACACGAUUUGCGAGAGAGAUAACUAUUUUUAAAUGCAUAUGGCCCAUAGCGGUGCGUGUUCAGUAGACGGCCGUAGUGCUCGAGAAAACCUCGCAAUCCCGCGGUCCCGCGUCCGCGGAGCGUGUGUCAGUCGUCACGUGCGAAACAUGAAAACUGUCAAACCUGACUGUGCCAAAAACAAUCAUCAAAUAAACCCUAUAUAGAAUAUGUUAAUGUUAUAAUAAAGUGCGUCCGAUGCGGUGGAAGGGAUGAUUGGAAUGUAGUUAUAUAGUUUUGUGAUGAAAGACAUGGAAAGUUAGCAAGAUGUAAAUUUAUGCAUACUAUCAAUGUUUACCUCUUCAGUGUUGUGAAUAACGAUUAGUUUAAAUUAUUGUAGUGUACGGAGGAGCCGACAUGGAAGGAAACUGCCGCAGAGUGGUCUUGCGGACGAUGUUGAACUGACGGCGAAGCAACCGGUUGUGAUAACGUAGGAUGUGUGGUUUCGGCCACCCUCUGCUCACGGACGUAUCAAUAAUAAUCAAGUCUGGUUGUAAAAUCAAUCCAUAAGUUGUGAUUAAAUGCUAGGAAAGCAAAGUAAUACUGAUAAAUGUAUAUUGAUAACAUAUUAAGAAUUCGAAUACUUAAUAAAUACCUGUUCUGGUGUUCAUGUUUCUACUUCUACUGUUAGCGAUGUUACAAAGGUUGUCUGUGUUACAUUUAGGACUCGAUUUUUCCUGAAUUUCCCUCGAGGUUGUGAAUACUUAUAAUAAAGGACUGAAGCAAAAACUUGCAAGCUUCAUUAUCAUUGAGAUGGCCGUUGUGCUGGGUUGUUUUCAAAGUGAUACAGUGAAAGUACUUGGACAUAGUUAAAUUGUGUUUGUGAUAAGGAGAGGAAAUCAAAGCAACCUUAACUGGUUAGAAUGUGUUGGUAGAGAGCGGUAGCAGUGGCCGAGCGACGAUGGCAGCCGUUAACUCGGUGGCAACCACGCGGCUGCCGCUGCCGACGUUCUCGCCGCGCGCGGUGCUGAUGUACAGCGCCGCGGUGGGCGGCGAGGGCGCGGUGGCGCUGCAGCUGCGCGAGGCGGCCCCCGGCGAGCUGGAGGGCGCCCGGCUCAGCCUGCACGACGACCGGCUCGCCAUAGCCUGCCACGAGCCGGAGCUGCUCGCCGACCUUCUGCAUGCGGCUGGUACAGCUGAUAUAGAUGGGGAUCACGACGAGCUAAGUGCCCUAUUGGGAGCCGCCUCGCCGGAGCUCGGGCUCGCCUCCGACGCAUCUGAUAGCCUUCCUCUCCCAGAUAAUGAAUGCACGACGUCGUCCUCGCCACCAGGCGUGACGAAUAAUGUCACAACAGUGUCGGUAGCGGUGGCGGGCCUGGAACGCUCGCCCACCGUCAAGAAAGUGCGCCCCAAGCCGUGCUCACCCAACCGUCAGGGCCCUCAGCAGUGCCAGGUAUGCAACAAGAUCUUCGGUAACGCAUCGGCGCUCGCCAAGCACAAACUGACGCACAGCGAUGAGCGCAAGUAUGUGUGCAUCACUUGCGCAAAGGCCUUUAAGCGGCAGGACCAUCUUAACGGGCACAUGCUAACACACCGUAACAAGAAGCCGUACGAGUGCAAAGCGGACGGGUGCGGUAAAUCGUACUGCGAUGCGAGAUCCCUGCGCCGGCACACGGAGAACCACCACCAACCAUCAGGCCCAAAAACCUUACCAUCCAGUGAAUCAUCACAAUCAGUAGUAAAAAAUCGUUCGAACAACACAGUCGCAAACGCACCGAGCGCCGAGCGCGAGUCUGCCUCCCAGCGGCUGGCGUCACCGGCGUCGCCACCGAGAAACUACCCGCUGCACUCGGAUUCAAGCAACUCCGGGUCCGAGAAGUCGACGAGCAGUCGGAGCGGCAGUCGCGGCGGCAGCGACAGCAGCCCGCCGGGCACGCCGCCCGCGCCGCCGACGCCACCCUCUCGGACCAAGCUGACCAAGCCUCCGACCAAACCUAAGACAACUACCGCGCAGCAGGGGAGUCAGAAAUGUGGCAGCGCGGCGAGUGCAAGCGGGAGCGGCAGCGGGACGAUGAGCGGAGCGGGCGCGGGCGCAGGCGGGGGUGCGGUGCGCGGCGAAGUCAAGCCUGUCGAAUGCAACUUGUGCCAUCGGAAGUUCAAAAAUAUACCCGCUCUCAAUGGCCAUAUGAGGCUACAUGGCGGAUAUUUUAAGAAGGACUCUGAUAGUAAAAAAAUGGAUAAAAAGGAAUCUACGGGACCUCCAUUACAAACGGCGUCUGUAUCCGUGCGAGCUCUUAUAGAAGAGAAAAUUAUCAGCCGGCGAGGCGCAAUAACAAUGUCUCCAGGUGUAGGCAAUACGGAUACGACGGCAGGGGGCGCGGGGUUCGCAACGCCCGCCCCGCCGCCGCUGGCUCCCGCGCGAUCGUCGGCUUCGCCCGCCUCACCCGCCGCCAGCACGGCUCAGUUCGUACCGCCGCGCGCCCCACCCGCUACCACUAUUGCCCCCAGCACUACCGCUGCAACCGCCACCGCCGCGCAGAGAGACUCCACCCUCAUAGAGCUAUUAAAAAGAGGCAACUCAAAGGUUGUGAAACGUUCGACGUCAGAUCCAGGGCAAACAUCACCUCAGCAGGAGUUCACUUUUAGACCCGAACUUUUCGGAGUUUCUUUCAACUCUGACGAUGGCUACUUCUCGCCCGCCCUAAACGAGGAUACUUUCCAAUUUACAACGACACCGGAACAGUUAGAAGAACUGGCGUCAUUAGAGGACUAUGCAACGGUAGCCGCGUCCAUUAGAGAAAGAUCUCCGGUUACUUUCCCGUCUAGUCGACGCCUUGCAGCCGUUUUGAACUCCCCACUCCCUGAAUCAUUAGCGGAUUUUGGCGCUUGUCACGGCGGCUCGCCAGUACCGUCACCGGGUAUUGGCUAUACGGCAAACUCCCCGGGCCUAUCCUACUCUACCGGAGAUUCCCCUGGAUUAGCCUACACGGCGACAUCUCCUGGCGGGAGCUACUCGACGCAACCAGAACCGUCGCCUGGAUUGGCGUAUCCGACACCACCUGCUUCUCACGAUGCUCAUUCACCUGCGCAUACAGUGCCUCGUGUAUCAUCGCCCUUAUCUGCUGCCUUCUUUACGGCAACAAUGUCAAGUCAAGAAGAGGUGGAAGAAGCUCUAGAGGAAGUAUUACCCGAAGAAUGUAGAUCACUUGAUGCGUACUCUUUGGAACCAUCGCCUAUGCCGCGCCGUAUUAUGCUCAAUUCUGAAGACCCGCUCUUAUCGAGCAGUCCGCGGGACUUCUCGAAUCAAAGACCUCCGCGUCGAUAUAGUCGCCUGCCAUCAACAUCAUCUUUAACAAACGCCGUACAUCAAUGGCAGCAUGAAGCAAGUUCUCUUCAGGUUUGCAUAGAAGGCCAGACAGUGCCAGCCGUGUUCCUAAGCCCGAGCAGCGUGCCCGCGUCGCCGCAGCGUCGCAAGCGUCGCGCGUCACCCGCGGGCCCGUACCGCACCCGCAUGCGGCGACAUAUCAGCCACUACACCCCGCAGCCACUCCUGCCGCCGGACAGAGAAGGGCCUGGCCUUUUUGUAGAACUUACAGCAGGUCUUCCGAGUAUGGAAACCGACAUGCUAACGCAGCUAGAGGAGCCCCAACAGCCAAUGAUCAACAUUGGACCGGAGCAUCAAGCGGACAUACCAGAGAUGUGCAACGACAGGAUAGACCUCCAUCGAGCUUCGGAGCAACUGCUGUGGGAUCCCGGCAUCAAUCACGCUCUUGAUGACAAUCAAGUCCGCAUGUUCAUGGAGCUGGCGAUGUGCGCGGCCAUGCCGGUGGGCGGGCACACGCGCGAGUUCGCGCUGCAAGUACUGGGCGAGUGCGGCGGCGACGUGCGCGCCGCCACGCUGCGUCUCAUGUCGCGCCCCGCCGCGCCCGCGCAGCACGAGUCGCGCUGGGCGCCCGACGAGGUCGAGGCCUUCCUUGCCGGCCUGCGUCACUACGAUAAAGACUUCUACAGGAUUUCCCAGCUGAUAAGAACCAAAGACUCGAAGCAGUGCGUACAGUUCUACUAUUUCUGGAAGAAAGUUACCAAAGACUACAAGAUGCUGUACUUGAGAAGCUGGAACAUGGAACAGCAGUUGUCUACACAAGGUCAACCGCCGGCCGCGUGCGCCUCCGCCGCCGCCGCCGCCUCGCCCACGCCCUUCGAGGGCGAGGAGUUCCCGUGCAAGAUCUGCGGGAAAGUUUUUAACAAAGUAAAAAGUCGUAGCGCACACAUGAAGUCGCACCGGCCACUCGACGCCGAGCCGAAACGGCCCAAACUCGAAAAGCCUUAUGAAAAGGUCGAGCGAUCCGACGAGCGGUACGCGACUGCUGAUUAUCAAUGCAAGCCGCCCGCGCACUCUCUGUAACCGACCCCUUGUCACUCCCGGCAACUAACUCGCGCUCGGCCUCGCUCAGUGUCUGUGCUCUACUCCGCCGAUACCGAUACCGAUACCGGUGAGCAGGCCCCGGCCUGCGCGCUAGCGGCGCCGUAUGCCGCGAGGCGGCCUCGCGCGCCCCGAGGACAAAAUGCUGAAUUGUUUAAGCAUUUAUUAUAAUUAUUACAAAUUAAAUAGAAUUAUAGAUAAAUUAAAAAAGUGAUCUAGUUGAGAGCGACGUAGUGGCUAGUAGCUAGAGAAGAAAUAGCUUGGGUAAACUGAACGAUUAACUUAAUAAAACUACUAAUUAUUCGAAAUUCUCGUAUUGCUAAGCUUGAAGAGAUCGCAGAAAGAUAUUUUGUAUAACGAUUGAUACAUAGAUAGAUAUAGUUCUUCGUAAAGUUUUUUAUAAGACACUACGACUUCUAAAUGUGACUUUGCAAGUGUGAUGUUGUACAUAGAGAUAUAACAGCUCGGCGCGGACGCCGCUAGGACCGGCGCCGCCGAGCUCUAUUUGAAUGAUAAUGGAACUAUAAAAGUAUUACAACUUCGAGUGUGAUACUAAUAGUGUAGUAACUACACUACCUCGUCUUACUCGACCGUUUCAUUUCAUUGCGAGCUCAGCUCAUUAAAUUACGUUUGCUUGUUUGCUCAUCUCGUUGUUAUUUAUUCUUAGUCAUUUGUUUAAGUCUUGUUCUAGUCGCGUUAGACAUCAUUAAGCGCACUUAAGUCUCACGCCACUCAGGUUUAGACGCCGAUAAGAGAACAGUAUCAAAUCAGCAUCCGUGCUCCGUGCCGAUACCCAUCGCCCCAACUUGGACCCAUAUUUAGAUUUGUAAUAUAUUAUAUCAACUUAAUUUGUAAAAUAAUGUUGAUGAUAUUUUUAAAAUGUGAAUAUGUGUAUAGAACCGGGGCGAUGCACUUGUAGUGGAGAGAUCGCAGGCGCUCGGGCUCGUGGCCGCUCGGCCUCGCCGCGCGCUUCGCAUCUCUGUUCAUUCCACUUGCUCGUUCACAGAAAAAAACAAAAUAGUGGAGGGAUACUAGUAUUUUUUUACACAAAUAUUAUUAAAAUGCUCAAAUGUUCUAUAUUUUAUGUUGAUAACUUAUUGAAUAGUUCCUUAUUAAUUGUUCUAAAUAUGGUAUUAUUUAAUAUUUGAAUAGUUAAUUUUUGAUUGUAGUAAUAUUUUCUAUAAAUUAAUGUAAUGUAAUUCUAUAUUAUACGUGUAGAUCCGUGUUGUGAUAUGUAUUGUUGUUUCAGAGAUCUGUAUACUGUAUCGUUUGAAGGAAUGUACAAAUCGGGCAAUAAUGUCGUUGCUCAAGCCUACUCUAUGUAUGUACGGACUCGACGUGUGUCCACUCGUAGAUCCGCGGCCCGCGACCCGCGACGGCUCCUCUUACUAAACUAAUAUUUUGCGGUUGUGACCUCCUCGAUCGACUUACUGUUGUCUUCCGAAAGUACUUUUAACAACCGACUCAAUAUUAAUUUUGGGGCAAUAUUCCUUAUAAAAGACAUGUUAAUACCUUCGAAUUAUUUAUUGAUAUUAUUAACACUUCACUGUUUAGAUUAACAUUUAACAUUAUGGAGUAAAUGAAAGGCGUAUAACGCUGACAGUAUUAUGAUUAUAACUCGAUUCUUGGAAAUAAUUUAUUGUGGGAUUAGUCCCGAAACGAACAUUGAGAUGUGAAUUUAUUCUUCUGAAAGUUUACUGGAUAUUCGUUUUCCUUCCAUGAGUACCUGAAGUAGCCAGGGGGCGCCCCGAAGAGUUUCUUUAUCUGCGCGGUGUGGUGUAGGUGUAACCGCUGCAUUAGCUGAAAUCGUCGCGAGCGACUCGCGCCCGCGUCUCGAUAUACUGUAUUACAUUAUAUUGCAUCACAUCUCAUAAUACUCGUGAUCAUUUGGUUGUGUAAUGUAAACGAACAAGCUCGUAAUUGGGCGGUUGUAUGCUCUCACUUACGUUCUGUAAUGUAUGCCAAACAUUUGCCAUAACUAUUUGUGACUAGACUAAAUAUGUAUGCCAAAUUUAGAUUAAUUAUAUACCUAGGACAGAGUGUUGAAUGAUCAACGUAGAAUUGCAUCAGAGAAUUGUUGUUUUAGACACAGGCGAGGCUUUAAGUAAAACCCCAGAUGUAAAUGAAUUGAUAUCGCUAUGAAUAUAUAUACCUACCGGUUAUUUUAUAAUAGCGAGAGGGUUCAAUUAUUCACGACUAGUGCUAUCGGAUAGAACAGAGUACGCUACGAAAUAUUAUUUAUUUGUCGGCAUUCAGAGUAUUAUUUUCAUAAAACAAAUUAACUCAUAAAACUUGCUAUUAUGUAAAUAAUUAAUAUUUUUUCAAAUUAAAUUUAUCGUACCGGAGAUAGGUCUACUACAUAAAAUAACAAUUUAUUGAAGACAAAGUCCCUCCAGAGAUAAUUUAAUAAUACUCUUAGCUAUUAAGACUGAAAGGUACUCUCUAGUAAGAAGUCUAUGCGUUAAUUUCACAAAAAUAUAAGAUUAUAUUUUAUGUUCUACGUUUAUUAAGUAUGAUUUGUUACUGUUAGUACAUCAUCGCCGAGUCACUAGCCCAUUCCAUGUGCAACUCGUCAUACUAGUCAGGGUAUAGCUUUACAUUACGUAUCCCGAGAUAGAUACGAGUACGCCGUCGCGGCCACGGUAGGAGCCGUGCGCUGUAUUCUGUACCUAAUGUACUCACUCAAGUAUUCAAACAAACUUCGCUAAGUCUACUUUAGAAUAAAUUAUAAGGACGACAAUUGAACUAUAUUAUUUCAACUUACAUAUAGAAGUGCCUUACGAUUUUAUUUUAGUAUAAUAAUUAUUUUUGUUUUCUGUUAUUUUUGAACAGACACAAAGAAUAAGCACUGGAAAAUUGCAUUUAUUUGAAGUACGAUCCACCUCCACCCUGCGCGCGCAGGGUGUCAGGCAGGUGGGUCGGUUUGGUUUCAUCUUUACUAACAAAUCGUUAUCGGUUUAUCGAAAAUAUAUUUAAUAUAAAAUUAAAUUUAAAUAUUAAUAAACACAGGCCUAGGAAGGAACGUUUGAAAGACAUGCCAACGACCGCUUCCCUGUCUAGCGAUUUCCACCGAGCCUCUUAGUAUUAGCUGCAUCAGGCAUAGUAGCAAUCAAGUAAAACAAUAAUGAUGGCAAGUCAAUUUUUGUGAAAUAUAGCUUAGAUGAAGAAAUAGGCACCUAAUGAUACAAGACUACUGCACAGCAACCGAACGGACAGACGAAACAGCGCUCUCGUUCAACUACCAAAUGUUAUAGUGUCACUAAAUGCUUUCUUAGUUUAAUGGACUCCUACAAUGUAUAAUCGCUUAGUAAUUGUUCUAUCUGACUACUUGUUUUCUAUGGUCCCGAAUGCGGUACCGCAUUGUAAAUGUAUUUCAGUAUUUGUCAAAAGCAAAAAAAAGUGGAAUGUUACUAUAGUAAAUACUUUAUAAGUCUAAAUGAAUAUAUAUUCUUCUAAUUUUGUAUCGAAUAAAGAGUGUAAGGCUCGCGGCGGCGCGCAUACCGGCACACCGGCGGCACGUCUCGCGAUGAUGCCUCUUCGUGUCGGCCGCGCCGCCGCGCCGUGCUCCAUAAUACGUACCCGUGUAACAUAUAAUACCGUAGGGGAACCCACGUGCCAACUGCACGAUAAUUGAUAUUACACUCUGUGUUGUGAUUUUGAACGUUCUGUAAAUUACAAAAGUCUUUGAACUACUAUUUAACAUUUGUAGACACGUUUUUAGAUUAGCACAAUUCUUCGCGUAGUCACUUAGGUCGUUAACCUUUAUUAAGCAUUUAGAUUAAAUAGGUAUUCGAGAAGAUGUAAGUGUACUACGUAUAACUAGAUUCAUUGUUAUAUUCAAUCAAUGUGAUGAUCGUAACGUAAAGGACAACGAUGAGUAAGCUCCAGCCCUGUCCCUCCCUGCUGAGCGACUUUUCACAAUUUCGCAUAUCCUUGAAACAAUAAGUAAUAAAAUAAAAUUCUAUUAUAUAUAUUGAUAAAUUUAUUAGGGUAACUAAUUUUUUAAGACAAUGAACUAUUAAGUGAUCUUUUAGAUUGUCUUUAUUAAUAAAUAUAUGGUGAAGGUUUUGUCAA